UUCCGUAUGAAACAGUUACAAUAUAGUGACGUUUGACUUCUCGCGGUAUUUUAUUUGUCGCUGAUUUCUUCGUUAUAGUUAAAUGGUUUGUCUUUCAUGAUAAAAAUGGUUUGUUCAAUAAAACUCUGAUCUGGAGACGUUGCGAAAGUUUUAAUUUUGUAUUUUUAAUUGGAUAUUUUACACACAAAAAAUAAAACCCACAAAGAUAUCAUAGAAUCUGCAAUAUGACAACAGUGUCUACAAACUUAACGCUCACACCACUUUUAUCAAACGAGACUUUACGAGAACAACCAUUGCCAACAGAAGUUGUCGUAUUAUUGAGUUUCGUAUGGAGUUUAAUUAUAGUGAUAGGAGCCAUAGGCAAUGGCCUUGUGAUUUAUAUAAUGUUACGUUAUGGCGAACGUUCUGUAACAAAUGUAUAUAUAGUUAACCUAGCUUUUGCUGAUUUAAUGUUUAUUUUAUUUGUUGUUCCCGCUACAUUGAUACAUAUAGUGAUUCCUACUUGGAUUUUGGGAAAUAUCAUCUGCAAGUUUUCUAACUAUAUGAUAUAUGUGACACUGCAUGCCACGUGUUUGACUUUGUCAGCCAUGACAGUAGACCGAUAUCAUGCCAUUGUUAAUCCAAUAGAUUCCAUGAACUGGCGGUCAACAAAGACAGCUUCAGCCAUCAGUCUAGCAGUAUGGGCAGUAUCACUAUCAAUAUGCUGCCCAUACUUGAUCUACACUAAAGUAACUGAAGUUGGAAAGUUUGAUGAAAUAGAUUGCAUUCCACAAUGGCCGUCAACAGAAUUUGAUAAAGCUGUGACAUUAGUCGUCGUCAUGACGACAUUUGUAUUGCCGCUUACAGCCAUAAUAAUAUGUUACGCCUGCAUUUUGUUUCAUUUAUGGAGUGGAGCAAACAGAAAAAACAACCGACUUGAGAGAGAAAACAGCGCUCUAUCAGUUAAAAAUGACAAGGCAGAAAGACAAGUUCGAAGGAAAAGACGAGUUACCCGGAUGGUAGCCAUUGUUGUUUUUCUGUUUGCUAUAUGUUGGUUACCUAUUCACAUACUUGCCAUUUGUAUUAAGUUUGAUCCGAAAUUUCCGAAAACAGACUCAAUGCACUAUUUUAAAUUAUUUGCUCACACACUAUCUUACGCUAACUCUUGCGUCAACCCAUUUGUGUACGCUUUUAUAAAUGAGGGAUUUAGAAAAGCGAUUAUACGACGAUCACCUAAAUUAUAUCAAUUGUGCAGUUGUUUAUUAAGAUCACCGAUUACACAGGAAACGGAUACAAGUAUGGUAGAUAAAGCCGUAGAAGCCAAACCCGGAAUGGACGUGCAUUCGGAAUGUAGUACAGCUACACAGACAACAGCAUGUAUAUUUCAUUAAUUAAAUAGUAGGAUCAAUUAGAGAACUUUAGAUGAACUACGUGAACCCAAAUACGACUCAAUACUCGUGUCUACUUCUGUUACAAGAUACAUUGUGUACAUGUUCCUGAAAUGAUUUUGCUGUUUUGCUGAAUGUAAACAUAAAAAUUUAGUAUGUCUUUGUUGGCAUUUUGAAUUCUAAUUUAGACAACUAAGAUUUCAUGAGAAAAUGACGAUAUACAUGUAACUAUGACAACGACAUAUCAUAUUUCAAAUAGGCUUUAUGAUUGAUGAAAUAAAUAACGCUGCUUUGCCGAACAAUUUGACAAGUGAAAGCAUUAUGCCGUUGUGUCUAUUCAAAUGUAACAAACAGAAGAUGUCAUUUUAUUAACAAAUUCCACCACAAUUCUGUAAAUAACUAUCAUAGCAGAUAUACAUAAUUUAUGUGUUGUUUAAAAAAAAUAUUUUACUGUAAAUUUAUUCGAAGUUAAAUUUUUGAAAAUUUCUUUUUUUUGGUUAUGUGUGUUAAAGAUUUUAAUUAUUUCUUUUCGCAGGAUGUUUUAGAAAGUAUAUAAAUAAAAUAAAAAAUGUAUAUCCUAUUGAAAUAGUUUAAAAUCCUUCACUUUUUAAACUAGAUUUAGUAUAAACAAAACUACUACCAAACGUCUGUAAGCUAGUCAUUUACUGUAUCGAUAGUUUAAUUGCAUACGUUAUGCUCAUUUUCUGAAAGAAAAAUAUUUAGAAAAUGAAGACAUUGUAUUGAAGUGUAUUGCAGCGCGUCUUUCUAGACUCAGGGCAAAUAGAUCUAGCCGUUUUGCAUAGACAAUUGUCUAUUGUAUCAAUAUAUUUGCCUCUCAAUAUACUUUGCCGUUAUUAUCUUUGGUUUGCUGUCUCGUUGAAGCUCACCACACACAAUUAUUGAAAUAAAAUGUUUUAAUUGCUUUUAUGAUGUUUAGUUACGAAUGUGGAUUUGCAAUUCUCAGGAAAAAUGCUUGUUUUCAUCGCCAAUGCAUACAGUGUUUAAGCUAUUGUUAUAAUCAUAUUCACACUUGAUGUUUUCUAAACUAGUAAAUUUUAGUGUCCUUUGUAUGAAUCGUUGUUAAACUUUCAAUGAGAGAAAUGCUUCUGUAUAAAAGUGAACAAAACAAUAGAGAAAAUAAUUACAACGACCAUGCUUGUUUUAAGCGGUUACUUUUGCAACGCCAUUUUGAAUAAAUUCCAUUUUAUACAUAUUGAACAUGUGUCUUGUAUUUUGACUUAAAUGACCAAUUUAUAAUCUAUAUACCCAUUUUCGCUUGAUGUACAAUGUAGAAAAAUGCAACUUGUAAAAAAUACAGUGUUUUUUAAUGUUAGUUAAAAGAAAUUUGCCAUCUCAAGAUUAAAAAAAGAAAAAAAUAUUUUAAAUGUUAGUGUUUCUCAAGAAAAGUCGAACUAAACAUAUCUUACAGACGAAAAUAACAUACAUAUUAAUUUGAAAAAAUAAAUAGUGUUAACAAAGUCCAGAAAAAACUCUAAUAACAGUCCGAAUCGUAUCAGCUAACUAAAAUAGAAGAAUUAGAUAUUAGACAUAGAAACUGUCUCUUUAUAUUUGUAUUUUAUUUCAAAGCUAAUAAAAUCAAAUUUCAAAUCGA